AACUUGCGGCACAUUUAUUUUGGUAGAUAUAUGAAAGUUCCAAGUGGAAUAUUGGGACGGUUCACAAAUCUUCGGUCAUUACCUUUUCUCAAGGUGGGUAAAGAGACAGGUCCGAGAAUUGAGGAAUUGAGUGGUUUAAACCAGUUGCAGAACACCUUGUCUAUUUAUGAACUGGAAAAUGUAAGAGAUGGAGAAGAAGCGCAGAAAGCAAACUUAGUUGAGAAGAAACAUAUUCGCAAGUUAAUCCUUGGAUGGAAGCUUGAUAGGCCAAGCCACAAUGUGAAGAAUGACGACGAUGUACUAGAAGGCCUACGACCACAUGAUAGUUUGGAAUUUUUGAAGAUUCUUGAAUUCAUGGGUGUUGAAUUUCCAUCAUGGUUAUUGCUAGCCAAGAAUUUGAAAAAGAUUGAAUUAUUGGGCUGCAACAAAUGUGAAGGAGUUCCAGUACUUGGGCACUUACCCAGUCUUAGUUGUGUGAAAAUUAAGAGCAUGGAGAAUCUAACUUGUAUGGGAUCUGAGUUUUAUGGUGAUAACCAUGUUAACUGCGGAAAUGGAUCAAGUAAGGAGGCCCGGCCUUUGUUCCCUGCUUUGAAAACAAUGCAUAUUGAGGACGCACAGAACCUGAUUGAAUGGAUGGAAGCGCCAACAGAGGGAGGAAGUAGGGUGGUGUUUCCUUGCCUUGAGGAGCUGACCUUGAUUCACUGUGACCAACUGACAAGUGCUCCCAGUCAUUUUCCAUCUCUUAAAAAGUUGGUGAUACGAGACAUGGAUAGUGGAGGCAUGCCAAUAGCAAGUAUUCUAAGCAAUCAACUCACCACUCUCACUUAUCUCAGGUUAUGGAAUGUGGGGGGACUUACUUGUCUGCCGGAAGGGAUGUUGGAAAAUAACAAGAAUCUUGCACAUUUAAACAUAUCUUCAUGUUCGGAGUUGACUCAUAUAUCAGAAGGAUUUGAGCACUGCUGCACAUCUCUUUCUCAUUUGUCUAUAGGGAAUUGCAAUAAUUUGAGAUAUUUACCUGAUGGGAUACUCACAUCUUCUCUUAAAACGCUGUCGUUGUGGCAUUGUGACAAUUUAAAGUACAUCCCAGAUGCUACACGCGGUGGUCUUACAACCCUUGACACAUUGAAUGUGAGGAGGUGCCCCAAAAUAACUUCCAUUCCAUUUUCACAAGGCCUCCCAUCUCUCGGUGUAUUAAGUAUAGAAGACUGUCCCGAAUUAUCAAGUCUACCAGGUGGGCUGGAAUUCUGUACCUCUAUUCGGAGGUUGAGAAUAACAAGGUGCCCUAAGGUACCAUCCAUUUCAAUCGAAAGUCUGAGUACAUCCCUCCAAGAGUUGUGUGUAAGUAAUCUAGACUCUCUUCCAAUUUCACGAGGAGGCUUCACAUCACUCCGUGACUUGGAAAUCUGUUACUGCGAAAGUGCACAAUUUGGGCCAGAAUUUAGUGCCUUUCUUCAAACCCUUGAAUCUCUUCAAAAAUUGAAGAUAUGGGAUUGCGAUAAUCUUGAAACUAUUCCAAGUUCAGACAAGCUCACAUCCCUCCGCAGCUUGGAGAUUCGUUGGUGUCGUAAAUUAAAAUGUCUACCGAAUGGAUUAGCAGCAUCGUCACAGUCCUGCAGUCUCACCCGUUUGAAGGAAUUGACAAUUGGUCAUUUCUGCGAGAAGCUCCAUGCAUUCCCGGCUUUUCAGGCUAUACCACAGCUUGAAUCAUUAACCAUCUGUGGGUGGCGUAAGCUCAAGUCUCUCCCUGAACAAAUUCAACACUUGCCUUCUUUAAGACAUUUGGAAAUACGGUCCUUUGGUGGAGUGCAGGCUAUUCCAGAAUGGUUGGGAAACCUUGCAUCUCUGGAGGACCUGACUAUUAGGUCGUGCAGUAGUCUGAAGUAUCUACCUCCUGUGGAAGCUAUGCAACGCCUCACCAAAUUGAAAGAGAUAAACAUCUCCAACUGUCCCCGUCUAGAAGAAAGAUGCACGGAGGAGAGCGGCUCAGAGUGGCCUAAGAUUCGUCAUAUUCCAUUAAUCAAGAUUGGAGAUAUAAAAAUCGAGAAUUAACCAACAUCGAGGCGAAUAAGGAUGUAUGAGGAACAAAUAACAGAUAAUACACCACAUGCUGAAGAAUUGUGUUGCAUAACAGAUAAUACAUACACCAAGGAAGAGGUGUGUAAAUGGAGGCUGAUAUGCUUAAGACCAUGAAAUUUGAUUUAGGCAAUCCUACAUUAAAGACAAUUUUAAGGAGAUUCAAUAGAGUUGCUGAAGAGAGCAAAAGAUUUGUUUUUGACAAACAAUUUCUGGAGGUUUUUGCUAAAUUGGAGGAGUAUUUGUUUUGCAAACAGAGUCCUGGCUGUCCAAAACACCAGAUGAGGAGGAGUUGAGUCAGCUAAACUAGUAGUGCCAUCUCCCAAGUUCAGUUUGUUACUCUGAAUUGUCCUCCAAACCAGUGGUGUAACAUUAUUUGGCCAUCUCUUGACAUAUUGCAGAGUACAGCUCUUUGCAGCAGGGAUUGGGGGACAAGGUUUUCGUCAUUUUUGGCUCUGUUGUGCUAAAAGCAAUUUAUGCCAUCAAAUUGGACGUCUUUGGAUGGCAACAAUGUGUGAUGUCUGAUGGAUUAUAGAAACAAACUAAUUGGUGAAGCAUGUAGCUUUCUUUGUCUUCUUUUUCUUCCAAUUUCAAGAGUUGGUGCUCACAAAAAUUGCCGAUAUUUUAUGAACCUUUUGGUUUGUACCUUGCCAGAUGCUCUGUAAUAUUUGAGAUUAUGGCUGUCAUGUACCCAUAAGCAGUCAUUUGGUGCAGGCAAAGGCAUUCUCAGAGCCCAAAAAAAAUUCAAAGUUCAUUGACACGCACAGAAGAAGGCGAGUUUCUACGGAGGUUUACUUACAUCCAUUUACGUUAUAAGCACUAAGCAAUCCCUUAACUUUAUGAAGUUCUGCACCAAGGCAAGGUUUCCUGUCAGAGCUUUCAGUUUGUGCCUCCAAGUUGUCCUCCAAAGUGGUGGUGCAAGAUUAUUGGGCUAACUCUGUUUUCCUAAACUCUUUUAAAAUCGUUACUAGCUUGGAAGGAGAUGUAUUGAAAAUUCUUAAUGGCUUUCACAAUACAGCAAGCCAAGAUUUUCUCCUUAUUUUAUUGUCAAUAUUGGGGAUUUGGUUUCUCCAAAGCAACUGUUAGCCAUCUAGUCUGAGAUCUUUGGAUGAUAAUCAUGAUAUGGAAUGGAAAAAAGCAAUCUAAGAUGAAGCCUGUGUUGAAUUGAACUUUUAAGAUUUUAGUCUCAGAUGGUGUUGGUCUUUUUAGUGCCAGCCAAGCUGAGAUGUUCCACUAGAGUUGGGAGUACGUACGGAUGCCAUUGUUCUUUCGGUUACUGGGCAAAAGUUUGGAUAUAGGCUCAUCUGUGCUUGUGGAUACUUAGCUGAACAACCUAUCAGGAGUGGACACAUGGGCAACAUGCUCCACGUCAGCUUGGAAAACUUAUCAAGGGGCCUCACAUUCACACAUGAUGAGACGUCUGCCCAUGCCUUGUAGCUACUUAGACAGUCAAACAUUAAGGAGCUUCAAUUCCAUGCCUCAAGGGACGAUGUUUCAUCAUUCUCCAUUCAGUUGCAUUCACUUUUUUACUUGUAUUUUCAUAGCUAAACCAUUAUACAGUGUAAUUGACCAUAUUUAUUUCGAUCAUAGUGAAACCACUAGCAAACUACCGUGAUGUAGCCCUAAGCUCUAGGCUCUAGCUGAGUUUUGGGUAAACACGUAAUUCUCUAGUGUUAUUUUGUGUGAUUGUCUUUUAA